AUGAAGAUAAACAGUAUACAAGCAGAAAAGCAGGUAGAGGCUGCUGUAACAGAUCCUGCACCUUCCUCUAGCUCAAAAGUUGAUAUGAAUUCUGCCAUGGAUAUGGAAACGGAUGGAAAACACUUGCCAUGCGUGAUGGGUAUUAGAUUCAAUCCUGCCUCUCAACUACCUAUUAAACUCAAUGAUAGUGCCAACUUUCCAAUCUGGAAAGAGCAAAUGACCAUGUUACUUGAUGGCCAUGGUCUAAUGGGUCAUCUAACAGAAAACACUGUUGCUUCCACUGUUGUCUCUGCCGAUUCUUCAAAACAAACAUGGAUACUUUUGCAUACUCUUCACGCCAACAAAAGCCACACACGGAUUUACAGUCUCAAAGAUCAACUAACUCGUGUUAUAAAAGGAUUAACAGGAGUUUUUCAAUAUUUACUUGAGAUAAAAAUGAUCUCUGAUGAACUUGCUAUUGUGGGUGCUCCCAUUUCAUACGAAGAGUUAACGGUUAAUAUUCUCAGUGGUCUCAAUUCUGAUUUCAAGGAAGUCUCAGCUUCUAUUCGCACAUGCGACACCCCGGUUGAGUACGAGGUGUUAUUUCAAAAGCUUCUUGACCAUGAAUAG